CGGCUGGACCAUGCUGUACGUCAACCUGGCCUCGUGCCUGAAUUACAUAGCGAGCGUUGUCCACGGCGCUUUCUACCUCCUCCAUUCUUUCUCGUCAACGCUUCCAUGGACCACCUGCAAGAACAACUGGAGCGACGCCAACUGCUUUGAAAAGGACUACAGGAACGUGCCUUGCUUCCGCGUCAACGCUACCUUGGCGCGCAAGUACUCUUCGCACAACUACACCGACAAGGACGCCCUGGCGAUCCACUCGGCGUCGGCUGGCGGCGGCGCCGUAAUGGUGCCCAGCGCCGAGUACGACGCCAUGCACAGCACCUGCGUCAACGGCACGCAGACCUCCACCGAGCAGUUCCUGCUAAAGAAAGUUUUGCGCCUCAGCUCCGGCAUCGAAGAGAUCGGCGACUUGCGCCAGGACAUGCUGCUGCUGAUCAGCCUGUGCUGGCUUGCGGAGUUCCUCAGCAUCAUCAAAGGCAUUCGAAGCUACGCAAAGUUGGCGCUGGGCAUGACGUGGAUGUCGUUCGCCCUGCUGUUCAUCCUGUUCCUCUCGAGCGUAGUGCAGCGCGGCUCCAUGCGAGGAAUGGGCGCCUACUUGCACCCGGACUGGCCCAAGCUCGUAGACCUCGUGACGUGGCGGGCGGCUUCGCAGCAGCUCCUCUUCAGCAUGGGACUGUCUCUGGGCGUGCUCACUUGCCACGGCAGCUACAAGCCCUUCGAGUGGCCGCUCUCAAUGAACAUCGUGCAGCUGAUCGGGGCCGACUUCUGCUUCAGCUUCUUCGCCGGCUGCAUGGUGUUCGCGCUGCACGGGCACGCCACCGUGCUGUACGGCCUGGAGAUCGACGACCUGGUCACUUCGGGGUACCACUACGCCUUCGUCACGUACCCGGAAAGCGUCAAGCACUUCCGCCACCCGGAGCUGUGGUGCAUCGCCUUCUACCUUCUCAUCUGCGUGCUAUCCUUCGACGGCGUGGCGGCGUUCGUGGAGAUCGGAGUGUCGACCUUCAUGGACAUCUACCCGUGGCUCAAGCCGCACCGAUUGCGGUGCACCCUGGCCACAUGCACCGUCAUGUUUAUUCUGUCCCUACCCACGGCCACAGGCGGAGGCCUGUACGUUCUCAACCUGAUCGAUUCCGUCACCUACCUGGACCUGGUGCCGUGGAUCGCGUUGGCCGAAGUCCUUCUGCUAGUCAACGGAUACGGCGCUGUCCGGCUGACUGACGACAUACAGUUCAUGACGGGGCAGACGCCGCCAACCUAUCUGCUCGUCUGCUGGCGAUACUUCUGUCCCGUGGCUCUCUUGGUGAGAAAGCAGACGGAAGACCGAUGA